AUGCGUGCAGAAUGUGCUGAGGCAAAAGUUGCAGCUGAAAUUAAAUUAGCUGAAGCAAGAACAAUGAUGGAAGAAGCCUUAAAAAAGAUGACUGAAGCCAAUUCAAAGAUGCAAGCUGCAGAAUCUUUGGAUGCAGAAGCUUCUAGAUACCGAAGAGUUUCUGAAAGAAAGUUACAUGAAGUUGAAGCACGUGAAGAUGAUCUUAGGAGACAGAUAAAUUCAUUCAAAUCAGAGUGUGAAGCAAAAGAGAAGGAAAUUCUUCUUUGA